AUGGACAUCUUCCUGGGGAAAGUGACCCAGCAGGCUAUGAACUAUGCCAUCCGUUCCGGAGUCACCAUCACGGCAUCCUACGCCAUCAGGCAAUCAGCCAAACUACUCAACAACACACCCAAAAGCAACGUCCGAGAUGAGUUGUACGCGUUGCAACAACGACUGCAGCAUAAAAUACGCAUAGUCUCUCCAGCAAUCGACAUGAUUGAGCUGAUUGCAGCGCGAGGAAACACGUCUCUGGAAUCUGCUGUGGCCCUUACCAAGGAGCUGCGUCUGGAGAUACAGUCUCUAGGACAACGACUCGCCAAAGCGGCGGAUGCUUCUGAGCAAGCUUUCAGGAAGACCAGCAAACUCAGCAGCCAGGCGAGAGUUCAGAACGAGGCAGAGUUGACCUUGAUCGUCAAGGACAUCAAAAAACUGCUCGAGAGGAUUGAAGAUGCCGUUCCUUUGAUCAAUCUCGCCAUCACUACUUCAGGUGCAAGCCUGUCAACAUCACUACCUCAAUCUGUCUCCCCCUCACGACUGCUACAAGCCAGCACUUUCCUCACGGCAGGCGAUACUCAGUAUUCCCUCUCACCAAGUCAGGCUGUGCAAAUCGGCCCAACCUUCACUCUGACUGUUUACAUGCUCUUUGCUGGCCAUGAUCGACCCCAGAAUGAGGAAGAAAUCCGAGAAACAACUUGGAAGGAGGUCCUUCAUAAAGCAAAAGUCAAGCUCCGACGUAUUCCCCUCGACGUCGUGCUUGGGACCGGAUCUGGAUCUGAUGCCAUUCCUUCCGCCGAAAUCUCCACCUUCUCAGCAGUGCCAAACACAGACACUGGCUUGCCUGGCUCGGCACCAAGCAUCCGCGCAGAUGCGCGAGCGGAUGAAUACGCCUACCAAAUGGUGAUCAUUGAAGACUUUGACGACGACCGUGUUCACGACUUUGAAGACGACCAGGCUCGCCCGGGCCCGUUUGACGAUGUCAGACUCGCUGGGAUCCGGGAGAUCAUCCCCGUGCACGAGAUUUCUAAGAUAUUCUAUGCGGAUACGAGCAAGGUCUUGAACAUUGGCACUGACGCGGAGAGUAAUCACCCGGUCUUAUUGUUGAAGCGAGACCUGCACGCCAUCCCACCAAGACGGAUGGCGGAGAGGGAAGGCCCGCUGGGGAUUGCAGAAACUGGUGAAGACGGGGAGCAACUCCAAGACCUCCUAGUAGAGGCACAGGAGAAGCUGCAGGAAGAGCAAUAUCUCGAAGACCAUAUCGAGGAUCCCUGGCGCUUUCCACCGUCACUCGACCCCGAAUGGAUCGCAUUCGAGGUGUACACCGAAUCUGAACCAAGCGAUACUGAAUCCGACAUUGAAGGAGAAUCCGCCGACAACACCCGUACCAAGGACGAUUGCCCGCCUCAACUCACGGACGCAAUGGCAAACAUGCACGUUACACCGUCCGCCCAGCCUCCACCACAAUCUACUGCCCCCCCGUGGGCCAAUUCCAUCCGGACGUCUUUGUCGCUGCUCGAACUCCUUCUCCGCCUCACCUCCCUACAACAGUUCCAACAGCAGUCGCACCUCUCAAUCACCGACGAACUGCUCACCUUCUUCCUGGAAGAGAGCGCGUCGACGGGCGCAGGAGGUGACGAGAGGUACCGGCAGGCGCUGAGGGCCGAUGCGAGGCGACGGGUCGGGUGGGAUCCGUACGACGAAAGCCCCGUCAAGAGGAGGGGCGAAGACUACCAGUAUCAGAGCGGGUUCUACGAGGGCAGCACGGGUCUGAGGAGUCCGCCGAGCGCGAACGCGCGCAGUGCCUCUGGAGAUGGGCCAUGGGUGAUGAGUCCGCCGAGAAGUGCGGGUGAAAAUGUCAAUGGACGUCGACCGGUCGCAACAAUGUCGCCCAGCCCGUCACCUGUGCCCUCGCUGUCGCCGAUACAGACCCCUGGAAAGGCCGGAAGGGCUGGGUGGCUGAGGAGAGACGGCGGCGAUGGAAGUAGGAAAGGGAGUCCACUUCGCCCGCAGACCGCAAUCACGGACGAGGGGAUCGGGACGAGUCCUGCGAGUGCAACGAACAUGGCUUGA